ACUAUUACAAGAGGAAGGAUUUUCCAGGUAGUCGCAGACCGGGGCUGCUGCUGCUGAUGAGUUGGAACAUCACAGCACAGUUGUUGUGUUGAUGUGGAUGUAAAACCGCGGCAAGGAAGCUUCAACGUCUGCGGGGUGUCUUUUAGGAAAAGGACCACACAGCAGAUUGCUCUGGGCUGGAGCCAGGCUGGCAGCAGUCAGCAGCCCCGGCCUGGUCACGACUGAUGGAAAAACGAGGAUGUCCAACAGCUGCUGACUGUAACAGGCGUGCUAACGGCAUUCGAGCCGAGCUAAGGUGACCCUCAGUGAGUGACAGAUGUGUGACACUGUGGAGAACCAUUUGCAUCUCCCAGCGGAGAUUUGAGUUCUGGGACACUGAGGCAGCCAAAGGGGGGGGUGUCUCUGAGGAAGAUGCUGGGCUCAGAACGCAGUGUUGUCGAAGAAUGGCUCUCAGAAUUCAAGUCCUUACCAGAAACCCACAUCCCCAGCUACGCCGGCAGCCUUCAUCUAAAGAAGUCCUUGGUCCCAGCUCUCUACAGAGUCAUCCAGGACCCCAACAACGAGCUCUUGGAGCCUGUGUGCCACCAGCUGUUCGAGCUGUACCGGAGCUCCGAAGACCGCUUGCGACGCUUCACCCUGCAGUUCCUGCCCGAGCUGGUGUGGGUUUAUCUGCGCAUCACUGCCAGCAGGGAUCGUCAGAGCAAUGGCUGCAUCGAGGCCCUGCUUCUGGGCAUUUAUAACUUGGAAAUCGUGGACAAAGAUGGCAACAGCAAGCUCCUUUCCUUCACUAUUCCAUCUCUCUCCAAACCAUCGAUAUAUCAUGAGCCUUCUAGCCUGGGGUCAAUGGCACUGACAGAGGGAGCGCUCUGUCAACAUGACCUGAUCAGAGUGGUGUACAGCGGCCUCCAUCCUCAGAGAGAGACCUUCACUGCGCAGAACAGGUUUGAGGUGCUGUGUUUCCUCAUGCUCUGCUACAACUCUGCUGUGGUCUACAUGCCCCUUUCUUCCUAUCAGUCAGUCUGUAGGAUGAGCUCACGGUUGUGUGUAUGCGGCUUCCCGCGGCAACAGCAGAAGCUUUGGAGGGAACCUUGCAACCGAGUGCUGUUGGACCCUGAGUUCAUGGUGCAGAUGCUGACUGCAGUGUAUCAUGCCAUAUAUAAUGGAGAGUGGGAGAUGGGGCGAGAAGCUCUGGAGGACAUUCUGUACCGAGCCCAGCUGGAGCUUUACUCCCAGCCUCUCCUGCUGGGGAACGCCAUGAAAAACUCGCUGCCGGAAAGCGCUCCUGACGCACCGCGGGGCCGCAAGGUGCUGCAGGUGGAGGUGACUCCCACCAUCAGGCGUAUAUCAAUCUCGGCCAUCACCACCGCCUCGAUACGACGCCACCGCUGGAAGAGAGAGGAUUGUUUUGACUACUCAACCGAUGCAGAGUUGAGCCUCAUCGUCAAUCCUAGCCUCGCCCAGCACCAACACCGCCACCGCACCCACUGGGAUCCCACGGCUAAAGAGGAAAGAGGAGGGCGGCAACACAGCCACCACAGCAGCAGCAGCAGCAGCAUCAUUCCCCCCAUCACUCUCGAGGACGCUGAUGGUAUGAGCGGCGGGGAAGACUCCUUCAAUAUCAACGACCCAGACGAGGGUUUCUCCUCUGGGGCGUCGAACAGCAGCCAGCCCAGCGGCACCAAACUUGGCGGCAGCGUGGGGCCCAGGGGUGGCAGCCUGAACAGCAGCACGAGCAGCAUCAAGAAAGCCAUUACUGCGCGACUGUCUCGGGACAAGGAGCGAGAGCGGGAGAAGGAGCGGGAGAAAGAGCGGGAGACAGACAAACAGGUGGAGUUGUCUGCGGAUCUUCAGGCCGCCACGAGGAGGCAUCAACAGAGGCAGCAGUCGCCUCCAGCGAGCAUCAACUUGGACGCCAUCCAGCUGAGCCCCAUAAAGAAGCACCUGAGCUUCCCCGCGGGCCCCAUGCUAGUGAGGACUGGCAGCACCUCCUCCAGCAAGUCCUUUGACUGCACGAAUUUCAACCUGAACGGAGGCAAUGGCGAGGAACACGAGGAGGCAGGAGGCUCUGAGAGGGAAGGGCUUCUAGCUGGGGGUUCUCACCGGCACUCCACCAUCAGUUUGCAGGAGGAACACCUGCUCAGGCCGGAGGAGGCUCAGGCCCUGCUGUCUCCUGGAGCACCUCUUACCAAGCAGUCACGCUCCCCCAGCUUCAACAUGCAGAUCAUAUCACAGGUCUAACGUCCAGUGCAGGGAAUGGCGCGCACACUCACACGCACGAAUACCUACAUAACACACACAGAUUCAUGCAGUUUCUCUCCGCGACUCUCUACAGCUCGACUAUGACGUCUUUCUACCUGUGCGUCUGUCUGUGUAUGUGUGUGUGUGUGUCUAAGAAAUUGAAACACAUUUGAGAUCUCCAGAGCUGUGUUUCCACCCCGUUAAACAUCCAUUAAAAUUUGUAAUUGAGACCUGCUGUCGUCGUGGGUGGAUGAAGUCACUGACAGCACAACGUGAAAAGUAGUGAAUCGUGACCGGCUGCUCCUGCUGUAACUACGGUCGAGUGUAAGAGUCCAGCGUGUCACUGCGUCCUCCUCUCUGCCAAGCUGAGCAUUCCACAUAGAAACUCUCCUCAAAGGGAGGCUGUGACGAGAGGAGAUCUGCAAGGAUUUCAGGCUAGCUGUAGGUCAUCCGUGACAUUUCAGAUUAUUACGUUUUCCAGACUGAAUCAGUCAAAAAUGAAUCAGCAAUAACACUUACCGUCGCUCAUUUGGAGAAGAGUGGGGGACUUGGUUGGUCUGUCUCUUCAUUCCUUCUCCUUCAUUCCCGGGGCUCACGUGCAAUCGUUCUUGCUGAUUAUCUUCCUUGUUAAUUGCUGUUUUUUGGGGUUUUUUGUUUUAAUUCGACAGAGUUUUAUGAAUAACAGAUCUUUAAAUGUUUUAAAUCAGAGUCCAAAGAAGGGUUUUCUUUUGUGUGUGUGUGUGUGUGUGUGUGUGUGUGUGUGUGUGUGUGUGUGUGUGUGUGUGUGUGUGUGUCAGUAGUUUGUCAGGCCCAAGUGAUUCUUUAGGGUUAAGGCCAUGACCUGUUUUUUGUCACAGAAACAAUUCUCAUUUCAUCUGUAAAAUCUAACAAAUAGGAUUGUUGUAAAACCAAACUGGAAGGGUGUCGAGGCUUUGUCCUUCCCCGAGAUUUUAAAUGGUUAAAUCUAGAGAAAUAAAUACUGUGCAGCUAUGGGAAGACUUUUGUCUUGCGGUUUGGUUUAAAAUCUGAAUCUCGAUGAAUAACUCCAUUGGACCGUGCACACUUUUGCUGACUGUAUGUUAAAUUUGCGGUUCAAACUGCUCAAUGGAUCCUUCCGUCUAAGAGCACUCGUUAGUGAGCGUUUAGGUCUGUGUUAAAGCUUGUGUGUUGGCGUCAUGUCUGAGCCGGUGAAGUGCUGCCCUCUGGAGGUGUAUAGCAGUCACUGCUGACCGCCUGUUUUUGUGCUCUGAUUGGAUGCUUAUAAAACAUUUUGUUCUACCUCAUUGUGUGUUCACCUGCCACUCAGACACGUGUCUCCCAAUCAGAAUGCAGAAUGGUUCAAAAUCAGACUGAUGACCAAUUGGGAGGAUUGCAAAUGGUUUCACACUGCAGCUGUGACGACACUGUAAAGAUUUGUGCGCAUUCGUGUGACAAGUGUGGCUGAAUAUCCUGGCCUUGCAUUUCAGUUGAGUACCAUCAUGUGCAGUUUUUACCUGCAAAACAAAAACCAUCAGACUUUUCUUCUUUUUUUUCCUGUCAUAUAUCAAUCAGUCUCAUUUGGGUUAUUAUUUUAAGUCCCUAAAAUGCCCUGCUUUGAUUUUUAUUUUUAUUUUUUGGAAGUGCAAUUUCAAUCACAUACAUGGAGUUAGAUCUCUGCUGUGAAACGGCUGCAUCUGCGCGCAGUGCUCGCUGGCCUUCUGUAGUACCCCCUGUCUGGGCUGAGGGAUUUGAGCACGGCGUGCUUGUCUGCAUGUUUAGUGCCCUGCGAAGCGCCGGCUGUUUCAUUGGCAUGAAAUGCCCGGUGAGCCAAACCCGAGUCUUGUCCUCGUCUUUGCCAGAUGUGCCGAUACGCAUCCUCUCCUUAAGGACUUUCGGUUUCCCCUCCUUUGGAUGUCUUAAAUUUAAAAAUGCCUUCUUUUUUUUUCUCCUGUCUGCUGUUCUUAUUUUAAAAUAAAAUUUAAAAAAAAAGGGAUCUCUAGACACAUGGUUCAACGUGCCCUUAGAUGCAGCUUCACCUUUAUUUGCCAUUUAAAAAAAAAAAAAAAAAAAAAAAAAUAUCAUCACUUAGUAUAGCUGUUCACAUAUAAAAGCAGUAUAUGAAGCGUCUGUGUACUGUAGUAGUCAGCGGUUGUACUGCAUUUCCAUGUUUUGCUCAAGUGCUUGUUUAAAAAGAGAAUGAAUGAUUAAUAUAUAUACAUAUGCAUAUACAUAUAUAUAUAUUUAUAAAAGUCAGUUCAGUGUGCAGUGAAAAUCCCACACGCUCGUGCUCCUGUGCUUGAAACCCUCACAGCUGCUGCUCCUGGUCCUGAGUGAGUCCUGUGUGUGCUUUAGCCUUACACAUUUCAGGCCAAAAAGCCUCAGUAGUCAGCUCUUUGGCCUCACAUCAUCUUCCUCCUCCUCCUGAACUGGACUGGACUGUGGAGGAUGAAGAAGAGAGGAGAGUAGCUACAGUUCACACUCUCACCUGGUCCACUGUCUGCUGUCAUCGUGCUGUGUGGCUCUCGGCGAGCCGUGUUUUCCCAUUUACUGUAUUUUGCUGUGAGUCGAGUGGCACCUUUUGGCUGUUGUUUGUUUUUGUUUUGUUUUUUAAACUGUUAACGUGUUCUUGUCAUUCACACGACUCCCCCUCACCUGAGGGGUACCAGCAGCCACUUUGGUGCUGCACGCUGCCACAGAGUGACAAAUGUCCGAGAGUGUGUGUGUGGGAGUGUGUGCGUACGCAGUGUUAUUUGCAUGUGAUCAGGGUGGGAAAUGAACGUUAAAGUUUGACUGUGGUUGGAAAUUUUAGCUGCCAUAGAUAAGCUUAUAAAUCCUUAAGUCUAUUUGAAUUUCAAUAAAGGAAAAAAUAUAUUUUAUUUAAAUAAAGUUCAUUUCCUGUCCUGCAUGUGACAACUGUGGGCUUUGUUUUCAUACAGUAGAAUGCACUUUAAUCCAUCCACCUCUCUCAAGAUAGUAAUCGAAAUGACAUCCAUUUAUGUGCAAAUACACUCAAUGCAGGGUUUUAGUCUCUUUUAAAGUAGCAUUGUGUUGGAUGUGACAUCCAACACAAUACUAUUUUUUUUUUUUUGUUAAAGUCAAAGGGUACAGCUAUUUAUUAUAUUUUUUUCUUUUUAAAACCAAAAAAAUAUAUAUAUAUAGAUAUAUAGAUAUAUAUAAAAUGGGGUCUGGAAGGUCUCAGGAGAUUAUCAGAAAGCCACAUUUAAAAAAAAUAAAAUAAAAAAUGGCAGCACUAAAAUUUCUGUUCUUGACAUCAGAAUUGAUUCUAUGCAACAUUUCCCCCACCCUCUCCUUUUUAUUUUUUUAUUUUGGUGGACGGGCUUUCGCCGAUCCUCGUCGGGUGGGAGGGGCCACAUGCAUUUAAGAUGAUUUUUAAAGGUGCAAGACCUCAACAGUGUCGCCAUUCAAAGAUUCUGUUUAUACACCCUGCGUGGUGCUACAGAGCAAACGACUUCUCUUACAUGGGUGAAUUAAGAGGACCAUGGACACCUGGACUCUGAGUGCAUGUUGAGCCCUUCUGUCAGUUUGCUGCUCUGUGGCUCAAAGACGCCAGUCGGUGUAUUAAAUAGAUUAGCAAUUAUGAAUGCUUCAAGGGAAGCUGCUGGAUGAUGUGAUUACACUGUACUAAUGAUGUUAUAUAAAUGGAGAAAGACUUAUUUUAAAUCUUGUAAAUAAAUGUACAAAGGUGAAGCAAGAUGAAUAUAAAAAAAAUGAACAUAAGUCUGAAAUGUAGAGAAAUUAAUGUAUAUUGUUGAAUAAAUAUUGUGCUGUAAGG